AUUUACUAUUAUGUCGUAUAUAACAAAAAUGACACUAUGACUGAGGGUGCCGAAGGUUGCAGCGACGAUCCGCUGGCUUCAUUACAGUUUGACGUCGCUUCCGGUGGCCCGUCGUCAGAAAGCCAACAGCUCGAGAGUCAGGCGGAAGUGUCCACAUUGUGUAUACCGUCGGCGGACAAUGAUAUCGACAAAAUAAUCGCUGGUGAAUGGCAUGGAGGAGAAUGCAAAACAGGUUGUUGCAGCAGGUGUGCGUUCAGAGAAUGGAGGCUGGUUGGUGAUAAGUUGCAAUUAUUUUGUUUCAAAGACUAUGAUGCGUUGAUAGCAACUCGUCCAGCGAUAACUAACAUACAGUUUUGCUUCCGGUUCAAGUCCAGUCCGAAAUGUUUAAAGCAUCCCAAUGUUCCAAACGCCAAUUGUUUCAUAUUUUUCGACAUCGUUUCGGGUGAUAUUCACAAAAAUUGGAUGCAAGUGGUGCGCCGGUUGAAAGAGACGUCGGCCAACGCAACGACUGCACAGCUGCGCCGAUGGUCGCGGGCUGUGGACGAGAACGGAAACACAGCUCUGAUAUUGGGCGCCAAACGGCUAAUGAACUGCGGAUUGUUUAAACGUGCAUAUCAGUUUGCAGUAAUGAUGCUGAAAUUCGGUAGUGACGUCAACUGGUUGAAUAACGGUGGACGCUCGUUAAUUACAUACACCGUCCAUUACAUGGAUCAGGCGAUAGACAUCACUAGACUCUUAUUGAACUGUGGAGCAACCGUAUGGCUCGAAGAUUGUAAUUCGGAAGCUAGACUCCACUACGUGAAACUACUGAAAGAAUACCGUACAAAAACGCAAACAACACUGCAGAGACGUUUAACCGAUGAUCCGGUUGAAAGCCCACUGGACAGCAUUUUCACUUGGUUCCUACGUUCCGUCAUGAUCAGAAGGCGCAUGGACGACAGUUGUCUGCGCACAUUGUCAUUACUUUCACAGUCGAUGGGCGAGGACCCGACCAGGAUGCACUCGCACGUCAUGCGCACCAUGUUCAGUCAUGCUCAGUGUUACAAUAUAUUCGGACCGGUGUUCUUCCAGAUCAAAAAGGCCCUGGCGCCCCAGUGGGUGCAACCACAUUCGCUGCAGCAGCUGUGCCGCAAGUCCAUACGGCGGUCGCUGUUUCGCGGCCGCCACGGUAACGCACACCCCGAAACGGUAGCCGAGCUUAAGCUGCCCAAGCCCCUAGAGUCUUAUGUCUCCUACCACGACUGAACCAUUGCACACCAUUAUUUCUCCCGCGAUCAGCACCCGGCCACCUCCAUACCUCAUCGUCAAAAGUCAUCAACGGAUAAACUUAUACUCGUCUUCCACGCCACAUAAUAUAAAAUAUACAGUUUCCCCCAUCCCACUUCCAAUUAUCACUACACUUGAAAUUAAAAGUGUAUAAUGAGUUUACGAAAUGUUAUUAUAUUGGAAUUUCAGUUUGGAUACAAUGAUUUAAAAUAUAAAUAUAUAUUUUUUUAAACAUAUAAAAUAUUCGAAAAAAAAUUCCAACUGAGAACUAAUUUGGAUACAAACGGGACGCGGAAUUACGUGAUAUUGCGUCAAAUACCAUCUAUUGUURAACUGUAUCUUAAUUUACUUCGUUGAAUUGUGAAAAUCAAGUAAAUUAAAAUUUUGUCCGCCUCCUAUUAACCCCUGCCCACACACGAUAUUCAUCCCCCCAUUCGUCCACGAAAUACCGAUUAUCGCCGAGUCCUUGUUGAACCUAUAUAUUAUAAAUGUGCGUAUAUGAUAUGUCCUAUAUUAUAUAAUAUAAUAAUAUAUAUACAAUACAUACUGAAUUAAUUUCCAAAGCUUUCGAUUGGAAACGUACAUUAUAUAGUUUGUAAGUACCUACUAUGUCACCAGACGUCACCGGUGUGUCUAUAUAUCUUGCCAACUAAUUACGUUAGGCCAAUAAUACAUAAGUCGAUAAGUCCGUGCGUGGCUCCUGUUAUUUUUAUUAUUAUAUACACCYAGCUUUUCGACAAGGUUAUAUAAUUUUCGACUUACUUUUUUUUAUUAUAUAUUAUAUAAAUUGUUUUAUAUUGCGUAACUCCAUCACAAUAAUGAAUCAUUUUUAUCCGUUGUCUGGUAUUAUAUAUAAGUUUAUCGAGUGUGUGCAAGACAUUUUGUGUACUACUUAAUAAAGUUAUAGAUAUAGGUAGGUAGUAAAUUAUUUUACUCACCCGAUGAAAUAUUGAUUGUUCAUUAUAUAUAAUAUAUUGYGAUAUAAGCUGUAAAAGUUCAAUACUAUACUCGCAAUCAGGUUGCAAAAAAACGUUUUUCUUGCCUCAUAAUAACAGUAGGUAUAAUAAAUAUAGGUAAAUAAUUUCAUUUAUUAACCUAUACCUAUAUAUUAUAAUAAUAUUGUAUA